UAACAUUAUAAUUUUUUUUAUAAAAUAUAUCAUUAAAAUACUAAUAAUAGCGAGGCACGUGAAAUUUUCACUCUUCGUUUUCACCAUACGAUUUGAAGGCAUUUCUUUUCUUCUUCUUCUUUUCCUUUUUUUUUUUUCUUUGUGCAUUGACACGACUAAGACAUAGAAAAAAGAUAAACCAACAAAAAUCAAAUGAUAAACAGCUGCACCCAAAAACCACUACGCGCAAUUCUCUUUCUCUCACUCCGAAACCCUAGCUUUCUCUCUCCUUCUCUCUCACUCCUCGAUCAUCUCAUCUCCGACUGAUACUCACAAUUACACGAGACAUGGAUGGCAAGGACACGGUGGAUUCCGAGCUGAGCUGGGGAUUCGGCGGCGGCGGUGAGAGCGAGAGCCGUAGUAGCUAUCUCUUCGGCGGUGAUUGUAAGGAUAUAAGCAGCAUACUCAGCGAGUUCGGCUGGAAUAUUCCGGCGGAUUCCUGCGGCGUGUUUGGAUGCGAGCGCGGUUUCAAGGAUUUCGAUCGGAUCGAUUCCGAUUUGGCGGGGGAUGCCGCUGACAGUCGCGCGGCGGCGGGUGCGUCGGCUCCUCCGCGUGACGAUGGUACGUGUAGGAGCGGCGGCGAGGCGAUGGCGGAGGAGAGCUCCAUGUCGGCUUCCGUUCUGGCGUCGAAUCCGUCGGUGUCGUCGAGCUCGUCGGAAGAUCUGUCGGCGGCGUCCGGUAGCUCGGCUGCCGCCGCUGCCCCCAAUCCGCCGCCCGACACAGCGAGCAAGGCUAAAAAGCAAGGACAAAAGCGAAUUCGAGAGCCACGUUUUGCAUUUGUAACUAAAAGUGAAAUAGAUCAUCUUGAAGAUGGUUACCGGUGGCGAAAAUAUGGCCAGAAAGCUGUUAAAAAUAGUCCUUUUCCGAGGAGCUAUUACCGGUGCACAAACACUAAAUGUAGGGUGAAAAAGAGAGUGGAGCGGUCGUGGGAGGAUCCUUCCGUUGUCAUCACGACAUACGAAGGCCAACAUUGUCAUUACUCCGCCGGAUUUCCCAGAGGCGGGGGCAUUCUGCCCCCGCCUCCGCCUCAGCCGCGUCAAGGCCUCCUCGGAGACAUCGUUCCGCCUGCAAUGCGGAAUGGGUAGUCUAGAAAGAGAGAUAGUGAGAGCAAUGUAACAGAAGAUGGAGUGCUCAUUCAUCAUCUAUUUCAUAUAUAUGUUUAUGCAUUUAUCUAUACUACUACUAUAUAGUAGUAAGAGUUAUUAGAUUAAUAGAUUUAAUGUGAUAUGUUAGUGAGUCGUGUUGGUAUAAUGAUAUAGUGAUAGCUAUUAGCUAGUACCGUUGAUAUUCAAUGAAUCAAAUAUAUAAUUAUAUAUAUACUCUGUAAAUUUUUGAUGA